CGUUGUCAGGUGGUGCUGCUAUGGAAAGAUGUGAUCAGUUGUCCUAAGAAGGCUUUUCCCUCAAAACCCCUUUCGGUAAUCGUGAAAUUCUCCGGUUCGCUUGAAGCAGACCGCCCUGCGGUGGAGUAUAGAUGUCAAUGCACACCUGGUGAACAUAUAAUCGUCCAGAAAUGAGCAGGAAUUAAUGUACGACAGAGGAUUCCCUCGGCGGUUUUGAUCAGAAUGUCCAAACGCCGUGCUUCAGAACGAGGGGCUGGAGAAUCAUCCAGCAGACCCAGCAAGCUCCUCUGUACUGGGAUAUCUGGCAACAAUGCUAAGAGAGCCGGUCCCUUUGUUUUAGGCCCACGGCUCGGAAACUCUCCCGUUCAGAGCAUAGUGCAAUGUUUAGCCAGAAAAGAUGGGACGGAUGAUUUCUACCAGCUAAAAAUUCUGACCCUUGAAGAGCGUGGGGACACAGCAGGAGAGACGCAAGAGGAAAGACAGGGCAAAAUGCUUUUGCACACAGAGUAUUCCCUACUGUCACUGCUUUCCAACCAGGAGGGAGUGGUGCACCAUCACGGCCUCUUCCAGGACCGUUCUUGUGAGAUCGUGGAAGACGUGGAUGCCAACAAAGUGCGGAAGAUGAAGAGGCGAAUCUGCCUGGUGCUUGACUGUCUCUGCGCUCACGACUUCAGCGACAAGACGGCCGACCUCAUUAACCUGCAGCAUUAUGUCAUUAAAGAGAAACGACUGAGCGAGCGCGAGGCCAUUGUUAUUUUCUACGACGUGGUGAGAGUUGUGGAGGCUUUGCAUAAGAAGAACAUUGUGCAUCGAGACUUGAAGCUUGGAAACAUGGUGCUUAAUAAGAGGACUCAUCGGAUCACCAUCACAAACUUUUGCCUCGGAAAGCAUUUGGUGAGUGAGGAAGAUCUGUUGAAGGACCAGAGAGGAAGUCCAGCAUACAUCAGCCCAGAUGUCCUAAGUGGUCGGCCAUACCGUGGUAAGCCAAGUGAUAUGUGGGCACUUGGCGUGGUGCUGUUCACCAUGCUCUACGGCCAGUUCCCAUUCUACGACAGCAUACCUCAAGAGCUCUUCCGCAAGAUCAAAGCAGCGGAGUACUCUAUCCCUGAGGACGGACGAGUAUCUGAAAGUACGGUCUGUUUGAUCAGGAAGCUUUUGGUGCUCGACCCACAGCAGAGGCUUACUGCCACCGAGGUGCUGGAGUCUCUGAGCGGCAUCAUUGCUUCCUGGCAAACGGUGUCCUCCCUAAGCGGUCCUCUGCAGGUGGUACCAGACAUAGAUGAUCAGCUCAACCACCCUGAACAUCUUCAGGAGGCUAAAGUCACAGAGGAGUCAUCUCAGUACGAAUUUGAGAACUACAUGAGGCAGCAGCUGUUGUUGGCGGAGGAGAAGAACACUAUUCACGAGACCAAGAACUUUCUCAGCAAGAGGCAUUUCAGUAACGUACCUCCAGUGAGGCGUCUCGGCCACGAUGCUCAACCAAUCAGCCCACUGGAUGCCGCAAUACUGGCCCAGCGCUUUCUCCGCAAGUAACCCUACGGGCAGGGUCACCGGGAGUGGCCGAGCCAUGGAACUAGGCGCACGUUUUUUCAUAUGUGUGUGAGAGUACGCAUGUGUGUGUCUGGCAAAUGCACACAGGCCAAGGAACAGCUUGUGACAUUUAUCGGCCCAGGACGUGGCACACAGAACUAACAAGACUUUUGAUUACCGACGUCACCUCCAACAUGCCAAUCCUUGCCCAAAUCUCUUACAUACAAACACACACACGCGCAAACAUUUUCAGCAAUACCCAAACAGAAUCAUGUAGCAAUCCACACACAACCCUCCUCCACUCGUAUCCCUCAGCACUUUCUAUGUGAAACGCCUCGGAUCACAGGAUCAUCCUUCUCGUCUGCCCCCCUCCCGUAUCGCUCUCAUCUGUAUCUAAAACUCCAAAUCUACCUCUUACUGUCUCUUUUUCCUUCUUUCAGUUCUUUUAAAGCAAGACUCAUUACGUUGGGGGUUUGUACACAAGCACAGGCUCAAAAGCAUUAGCGUUGUGGUUGUGUAACUUUUUUUGUGCAUCAAAACCAGGGGUUUUCCUCUAUAUAAAUAAGCUUUUUCUCCUAUUCUACUAAAAUGGUAGCAUUUUACAUACUUUUUUCAUUGAAGACGGUAACUAUUACAGUUGAGCAAGCUACAACCUCAUAUUACAGAAUUUCAACAAGCAUGUUGUUUUAGUCCUCUAUUUGAAUGGGUUUCUGUUGGCAGCUAGCAUCUAGCAUAUUAUUCUGUGUAUGGAUGCCUACAAACAAAAGCAUAGCUUUACAUCCAAACCGGUCGAUAUGGUACGUUACGGUACGUGCUUUCGUUUGAUCGAAAAGCAGCAACGCUUGACGGGGCCCGUUGUGACGAGAAAUUUUUUUUCUUGCUUUCAUAAGAUCAAAAGGCAGCAAGAACUCAAAGCCGCAGUUUCUUUUGUGUUCAACCAAUCGCAAACUGUUGUGAAUGUUUUAGCAUGUGAUGUGCUGCCACAGCGGUACACGUAAGGACUAGUCAUCUCAGGACCGAACAGCUGGUGAUGGGAUGAAACUGUCAGGAAGCAGAGCGGCUGAGCCGGCAGUCAUGCGGAAGUCUAAGCUAAGAUAAGCCCCGUAAGCACAUCCCUUAAGCCCUCCUUUUCCUUUGUGUUUGCUGUCGAGAGCGCUCGCCCUCUGAUAACACAUCAUCAGAGCACAUCUUCUGCCACGUCCUGUAUCUUCGGUGCAUUCGUUCCCAACACAGAAUACGGCUGCAGCUCAGGGAUAGAGAUUUGGCCACUUGGGAACAUUUUCGGCCACAUCGAUAUACAAGGAAACCCAUUGCAUAGAGGACUGUUUUUUAUGUUUCCCCCACUCUCCUUUAUACAUUUAUUAAAAUGUUCAUAAUAAUCAGGAAGGAAAUGCCAUCAAACUCGCCGAAUGUGUUUCAUGCAUUUCUCUUUGAUUUGAGAAUAUUGCAUAGGUAACAGAUUCUUAAUCUCGCUUGACUGUUUUCCAAUCCCGUUUUAAGCUAACCAUGUGUAUAAUAAGCAUAACUUUGGGAUAUCAUGCCUUAGGUUGUCUACAGAUGCUCAGUUAAAUGGACAGUAAAUGGUGAAUAUGUACUUUUGAUGCUAGAUUAUAUCUUCGUAUACUAGGUGGUUGGCUUGCAUCGACCCGUGGCUUGCAUGCCCGGCACCACUCGUAACAUUAGAUAGAAAGGCCAUUUAGUACUGUAGGUCUCCGAGUUCACGAAUUGCAGCUUGGCUGGGCCUUUAUCAAAGAAGUAAACCCUGAUAGUACUUCCCUUUCUGAGACCUCUGUUCUUCCUUUUUAAUUUAUUAGCUGUUUAUAAUUCAUCAAGUUGUCUUAUUCCUAGCUCAAUUGCCAUGGUUAAUGUGGAGAUGGAUCCUAUAUCACUCAAAAGCAUUGCUGUGAUCUCUCUCGAUUUGUAUUUCUUCUGUCUUCAGUGAAGGUUUUUUUUCUUGGCCUUUAUUUUCUUGAAUAAUUGUUGCAACAAUCCUGUUGGUAUAUUAAGCUACACUAAUACGGAGACUGACUGCAUAGCUCUAUUUUUAAGUCGACUAAAUUAUCGUGCACAUUAGCAUGACAUGUAGAAUCAAUGUAGAGUUUAUCUCGUGAGGUUUAUCACGUGCACUGACCUGUGUGAAUAACAUCUUUAUGGCUGAUAACGUCAGUAGUGCAAAACCCAGUACAGGGUAUUAUUCUUAUUAUUAUUAUUUUGAAGAAUCACAUCAAUGUUUCCACACGUGACACAUUAGUACUUAAAGUGAUGUUGCCUGCCACCAUUGAAAGCAUUAGUCUAUUCCCACCUCAAUGUGAAUAUAUUUGGUUGUAAGCAGUAUUGUAGUGAAUGAUAUGUGUGAUCUUCUCUCAAAUGUAAAAGGUGAGUGCCUCAAGGCUAUAUCCUCGGGCCACGUAGAGUUUUCAAAAAAGCCAUUAUCUCAUAAGAAAUCUGUACGAUUGCAAUACGACUGCUGUUCACGUGGUUGCGUAGUCUUGACUUAAAACCCUAGCUGAAAGAGAUUAGUUUAGAAUGUCAGUUUCCCCUUGCAUAGGCCGUUUUGUGAUGUUCAGGUUCUGUCUGCAGCAUGAAAAGUAUAUGUCGUCGCAUUUACAGGCAAAUAGUGCAUGAUUCCGAUUAGAAAGACAUGCCACGAUGCAGCAGAAACCGGAACGGUUGUCGGUGUUUAAAAAAAAAAAAGAUUUUCUUUACUUUGUUGGCCAGAUAUUUGAUAAAUUGGGAAAUUCUCUUUUGAAUUGUUACUUAAGUUGCAUCUUUUACUAAAACUGGAACGUUUAGAAGAUCUGGUGUUAAUGAAACAUGAUUCUAGUCGAUAGCUUGAACGUUUAAUGUAAGCUGCUUGGUUAGAAAGGUGUCAAAAAAACUGGGUAAUUGUACAGAAAUGAAAAACAAAUUUGUAUAAAAGACAUAUUUUUGUACCUCAUCAAAUCUCUACAUGCAUGUCAGCAAUAAACUUUGAUAUGGAAAA